CUAUAAAGUAAAUGGUUGCACUUGUAUUGUAUGUGAUUUAAAAUUGUGCAGAUAACACGAUGAUAAAAUCUGAAAAUUAGCAUAUACAAAAAAAGUUAACGAUAACAUUUAACUUAAAAUCAAAGUAUAAUUAUUAAUAUUAGACUAAAAAAUUUAUUAAAACGUUUUAUUUGCGAUGGCGGGAAAAAGAACUGCUACAUCGGAAUUAAAUCACGAAAAUUGGGAUGAAGAAGAAGAAGCUGAAGAAGCUGGUACUUUUAAAGUAGCCCCACAAGAUGUUUUACAAACUCGUGUAAUUAAAACAGCUAAACGUAGGGCAGCCGCCCAAUCCUCGGAAGAUCGAGGGCCAAAUGUAUUUAGUAGUUUUACGGGAUUUGCUAAAACAUCUAGUUUUGGUAAUACAUCUAGUUUAUCAAAUAAUAAAACAAGUCCAUUCAGUUUUCUUGCACAAACGAAACCUGAUUCGCAAAGUGAUAAUAAAAAUGGAAUCUCCAGUAGCACACAGUCAUCAAAUGACGCGAAUAAAAAUGCAAUAGAAAAUUCAAAAUCAUCGGAGUAUUAUUCGAAGUUGAAAGGAUUGAAUGAAAGUGUUUCACAAUGGAUUAAAACACAUGUAGAUUCCAACCCAAUUUGCAUACUAACACCAAUAUUUAAAGAUUACGAAAAGUAUUUGCAAGAAAUUGAGGAAUUAAAUCCUAAUGUGAAAAAAUCUACAAUAGAUACGACGCCUAAACAAAAUCCAACAAAUGAAAAAUUGAAAGAAAUAAUUAACCCAACCGUUUCAUCGACUUCAUCCUCAACUCAACCAACUUUUUCAUUUGGUAUACAAAAGCAACCCACAGCUGAAGCAAAACCAACUGAGACAAAACCAGCGGCACCAAAUUUCAGUUUUGGUGUACCAAAAGAAGAUGAAAAGAAAGCAACUUCGUCACCUAUAUUUUCGUUUCAACCCGCAACAAAAUCAACAAUGGAAAACGAUAAAGAAAAAACUAAUUCUGAUUCGAAUAACAAAACACCUUUUGUAACAUCUUUUGGUAAUACAGCCGCCUUUAGUUUUGGUAAUAGUUCAAUACCGAAUUCAACAGGCUUCUCAUUUGGAUCGGGCAAACCGUUUACAUUUGCAAAUGUAUCAGCUCCUCCGAGUGAAAAUAAAGAAGAAGACGAAGAAGAUGAACCUCCAAAGGUUGAAUUUACACCAGUGGUUGAAGAGGGUAGUAUUUACAAUACAAAAUGUAAAUUAUUUGUGAAAAAAGAGAAUGAAUUUGUUGAACGUGGAGUUGGACAGUUAUAUUUGAAACAGAUUGAAGGUUCCGAAAAAACGCAACUUAUUGUACGAGCUGACACGAAUUUAGGUAAUUUAUUGAUGAAUAUUGUAUUAACGAAAACAAUUCCAACAUCACGUAAGGGUAAAAAUCAUGUUAUGAUUAUUUGUGUGCCAACGCCUGAGGAAGCUGCCAAAUGUAAAGCUGAUCAAAAUCCGUUACAGACAAUGUUAAUUAAAGUCAAAAAUUCCGAGGAAGCUGAUAAAUUAUUAGAAAUGAUUGAAAAGCAUAAAAAUUAAGUUUAUUUUGUAAGUUUGUAAGGUCCAUUUAACGUAGGCGUAACUUUAUAGAAGCCAAAGGGAAGGUCAACAAGGAAAUAAAACUUCUAAUUUAUGUAGUAAAAGCUAUUUUAGCUGAAAGUGAACGCAAUUAACUCUUUUUUAUCAGUAGUAUCGACAUAUAAAGCAGUUUGUACUAUGCAAAAUCAUACUAAAACUUUUAUAAAAAUUUGGCUUCAAUUAGUAUAAGCUCUCUUAAUUGUAUCAGUAAUUCAAUAUAAUCAAUACAAUAGUUUAUAAAUUCCAUUAAUUUGUAAAUAUACGGGCAGGUUCCUCCUAUGAUUCCCUAGUUACGCUUAUUAAUUUGUUUAUUUUUAUUUCGCUUGGAAAACAGAGUUCCAUUCGUUUUCCAUAUCUACACGGCUUCAAUGCAAAUACAGUGAAACCGCGGUAAUAUGUCAAACAUUUUGCUAGAGUGUUGCCACAGAUCCCUGUAACCCGGAACUUUUUGAAAAAGAGAGAGUAAUCCGAUAAAUUACAUAUCAAAGUAAUAAGUUUUCAAUCAUUUUCUAAAUUCAUAAAUAAGCAUUGUAAUUUCUAUUAUAGAUAUGUCGGAUUACAAAGGGCGCCUUUUACCCGUGGUUCCACUGUAUUUACAAAUAAACUUUAAAACCGUUACAAGGUAACGUUCAAGUAUUAUUUAAUCGAGGUGUUAAAUUGAGCGUUAUUAGUGCGUAACGUAUCUGAGGGGGAGUAUCAAUACUUUGUUACGUUGCGCAUUAGUUAUAAUAAAAUUGAUAAUUAGUAACAGUUAUUUAAUGCUUAUCGAUACAAGAAUAAUGCACAAAACACAUUUUAAUGUUAUAAAAAAAUCAUUAAUAUUAAUUCUAAAAAAUCUGAAUGCUGGAUGACAAGCUGCAUUGUAUGAGUGAAAGAAGAGUACGUAAUACUUGAAAAUUAACUUUAAUUGACGUAUUUUUUUGGGGUUUUAUUUUGAUG